AGCAGCGAGGAGCGCUAGCCGAGCGGCCGGUCGGGGGAAUCCCCGCGCCCAGCUCGCCCGCACGCCCUGCCCGGGGCGGCCCGCAGCGAGCAUGGGCGCGGCGGCCGUGCGCUGGCACUUGUGCGUGCUGCUCGCGCUGGGCGCGCGCGGGCGGCUGGCGGCGGGCAGCGGGCUCCCAGCAGGGGCGGCGGACGUGGACGAGUGCUCCGAGGGCACGGAUGACUGCCACAUCGACGCCAUCUGCCAGAACACGCCCAAGUCCUACAGAUGCCUCUGCAAACCAGGCUACAAGGGGGAAGGCCGGCAGUGUGAAGACAUCGACGAGUGUGAGAAUGACUACUACAAUGGGGGCUGUGUCCACGAGUGCAUCAAUAUCCCGGGGAACUACAGGUGCACCUGCUUCGAUGGCUUCAUGCUGGCCCACGAUGGACACAACUGCCUCGACGUGGACGAGUGUCAGGACAACAACGGCGGCUGCCAGCAGAUCUGCGUCAACGCCAUGGGCAGCUACGAGUGCCAGUGCCACGGCGGCUUUUUCCUCAGCGACAACCAGCACACCUGCAUCCACCGCUCCAACGAGGGUAUGAACUGCAUGAACAAAGACCAUGGCUGUGCCCACAUCUGCCGGGAGACGCCCAAAGGUGGGGUGGCCUGCGACUGCAGGCCCGGCUUUGACCUUGCCCCAAACCAGAAGGACUGCACACUCACCUGUAACUAUGGAAACGGAGGCUGCCAGCACAGCUGUGAGGACACGGACACGGGCCCCCUGUGUGGCUGUCACCAGAAGUACGCCCUGCACUCGGACGGUCGGACGUGCAUCGAGACGUGUGCAGUAAAUAACGGAGGCUGUGACCGGACGUGCAAGGACACGGCCACUGGCGUGCGGUGCAGCUGCCCAGUGGGAUUCACACUGCAGCCCGACGGGAAGACGUGCAAAGACAUCGACGAGUGCCUGGUCAACACCGGGGGCUGCGACCACUUCUGCCGCAACACCGUGGGCAGCUUCGAGUGCGGCUGCCGGAAGGGCUACAAGCUGCUGACCGACGAGCGGACGUGCCAAGACGUCGACGAGUGCUCCUUCGAGCGGACCUGCGACCACAUCUGCAUCAACUCCCCCGGCAGUUUCCAGUGCCUGUGCCACCGCGGCUACAUGCUCUACGGGACAACCCGCUGCGGAGACGUGGACGAGUGCAGCAUGAACAACGGGAGCUGCGACCAGGGCUGCGUCAACACCAAGGGCAGCUUUGAGUGCGUCUGCCCCCCAGGGCGGCGGCUCCACUGGAACCGGAAGGACUGUGUGGAGACGGGCAAGUGCCUUCCCCGGGCCAAGGCCGCCGCCCGGGCCCAGCUGUCCUGCAGCAAGGUGGGCGGCGUGGAGAGCUGCCUCCUCUCCUGCCCGGCCCCCAUGCACUUCGCGCCAGACUCGGAAAACAGCUACAGCCUGAGCUGCGGUGUCCCCGGUCUCCAGGGCAAGACGCUGCCGAAGCGCAACGGCACCAGCCCGGCCGGGCCCGGCUGCGCAGGCGCCCCCACCACCCCCAUCAGGCAGAAGGCCCGCUUCAAGAUCCGAGACGCCAAGUGCCACCUCCGGCCCCGUGGCCGGGAGCCAGCCAAGGAGGCCCUGAGACAGUUGCUGCUGGAAAACUGCCACGUGACCUUUGUGGCCCUCAAGUGUGACUCCUCCAAGAAGAGGCGCCGUGGCCAGAAGUCCCCAUCGAAGGAGGUGACCCACAUCACAGCAGAGUUCGAGGUUGAGACAAAGGCGGAAGAGGCCUCAGACACCUGUGAAGCGGACUGCGUGCGGAAGCGAGCCGAGCAGAGCCUGCAGGCCGCGCUCAGGACUCUGCGGAAGGCCAUCGGCCGGCAGCACUUCGCAGUCCAGGUCGCAGGCAUUGAGUACGAGGUCACGCAGCGGCCGGCCAAGGCCCCGGAGGCCCAAGGGACAUGUGGCACAGGCCGGGUGCUCCGGGACGGCAAAUGCGUGGCCUGUGAGCCUGGCACCUACUUCCACGGAGAUUCUGGCCAGUGUGCGCCGUGCACGCCGGGGACCUACCAGGACGGGGUUGGCCAGCUGAGCUGCACGCCGUGCCCGAGCAGCGACGGGCUCGGCCUGGCUGGUGCCCGCAACGUAUCUGAAUGUGGAGGCCAGUGCUCCCCAGGCUCCUUCUCCGCCGACGGCUUCCGGCCCUGCCAGGCCUGCCCCGUGGGCACGUACCAGCCCGAGCCCGGGCGCACCGGCUGCUUCCCCUGCGGCGGCGGGCUGCUCACCAAGCACGAGGGCACAGCUUCCUUCCAGGACUGCGAGGCCAGGGUGCACUGCUCGCCGGGCCACCACUACAACACCACCACCCACCGGUGCGUCCGCUGCCCUGUCGGCACCUACCAGCCCGAGUUCGGCCAGAACCACUGCAUUACCUGCCCGGGCAACACCAGCACCGACUUCGAUGGCUCCACCAAUGUCACGCACUGCAAAAACCAGCACUGCGGUGGCGAGCUUGGGGACUACACGGGCUACAUCGAGUCCCCCAACUACCCUGGCGACUACCCAGCCAACGCAGAGUGCGUGUGGCACAUCUCACCGCCCCCCAAGCGCAGGAUCCUGAUCGUGGUCCCCGAGAUCUUCCUGCCCAUCGAGGACGAGUGCGGUGAUGUCCUGGUCAUGCGCAAGAGUGCCUCGCCCACAUCCAUCACCACCUACGAGACCUGCCAGACCUAUGAGAGGCCCAUCGCCUUCACCUCCCGCUCUCGGAAGCUGUGGAUCCAGUUCAAAUCCAAUGAAGGCAACAGCGGCAAAGGCUUCCAAGUGCCCUAUGUCACCUACGAUGAGGACUACCAGCAGUUAAUAGAAGAUAUCGUUCGUGACGGACGGCUCUACGCCUCGGAGAAUCACCAGGAAAUUUUGAAAGACAAGAAGCUGAUCAAGGCCCUCUUCGACGUGCUGGCGCACCCCCAGAACUACUUCAAGUACACAGCCCAGGAGUCCAAGGAGAUGUUCCCGCGGUCCUUCAUCAAACUGCUGCGCUCCAAAGUGUCCCGGUUCCUGCGGCCCUACAAAUAA